AGGAAAUCAUGUGCAUUUGCAUAUAAUUUGGCGUUUCUUGUUCCUAUUCUUAUUGACCUGUUAAUUUUUUUACUUCUCUUCUUCCUUUUCCAUUCUCCUCAAUUGACCAUGGCGGCGUUGGGUAGGGAUUAAUGCAUUGCAACGUCAUAUGUGCACUGUCUUCGUUUACCAACGGUUUCAUUUCCACCUUUAGUGGCCCGCAUAUAUGUGAUUCUGGCUUCAAAAGCAAGCUCCAAAACACAUGUCUAGUGUUUUGGAAUGGGCAAAGAGCCCGAAUAAUAAGGCAUUGGGUAAAACGGAGAUUUUCGGCGUUGAUGAUGCAUGAAUAGAAGACCAAUUAUGGAGGCUGUUUGGAAAUAGGUUUUCUGUUCCGUCUUUCCUCUUGUACCUGAACCAUCCAUACUGCCCGUUUUUAAUAAACCUAUGUAUGUAUCUAUUUUCUACUUGCUAAAGAUCUUGCCUUCUUCUCCUUUGCUGUGAGUCUUCAAAGUAAGAAAGACCUCACCUUCACUCCUGGGUAAUAACUUCCUUUUUGAAAGAAAUAUCUAUCGCUAAAAAGCGUUUAUAUAUAGAAGAGGAUGUAAAUAUUGGUAACUAAAUAGCAAAACCAUUCCAGAUUUGACGACGAUAAAAGGCGAAAAUGGGCCUCUCAGAAGCAUAUAACUAUUUGACGAGUUUCUAUACCAAAGCAAGAUGGAAUGCAAGGCGACAGCGGAGGAGGGCUAACACCUCAGGGGACAGCCUUAGGUCGUCCUCUUCCCAAGAAGUCUUUCAUUCGGCCCUGCUGUCACUAAAAAAGGUCCGGGAUUCAGGCAUACCCGCUGAUAACAGAGAAGAAUCUAUGCAAAUCUCAACAAGAACAACCGAAGCACACAGCGAUAAUCCUCCUACGAUCGAGUUGCGAAGUACCAGCGGAGUAAACCUGGUGGCCCAGUUGCAAUCUCACCUGUCAGAAGAGGAUAGCCUUAUGGAUAAGCCUACGGAUAAACCUCCGGCUAUACCUGAUCGCUCUCCAAAUAGGCCCAAGCUACUACACGGAUACAAUCAUCCUGACGCGCCGGCUAUGGCCCAUCAGGGUACCGCGGCAGCAAACCUCGUCCUCACCACAGGGGAAGAUGUAUACAAUGGCGUGGGGAUAUCAAGCAAGACCAGCAGCUACACAGCUCUGUCGGAGCAAUCGAACAUGACCGUCAACCAUGAUCCGACAAAGCGAGCCUUUAGCCCGUUUGAGCCAGUAGUCCCGGUGACACCAUCUGAGGCUUAUUCAAACCCGUUUUCUGACAGUAAAACGAUGACCGAGCCGUGGGAAGGAUCGCGCAAUGUCCUUGUUCCCAUGGGGUCUUCUCAAUGUUUUGCUCAUGAAAUGGAAAACUCGAACAACAGCUAUGAUAAUUGUGAUCGAGGGCAGCGGCUUGGGAGAGGUGGUAGGCACUCCAUGCGAAGGAGCGGUAGCAGUACUUCCUCCGCUUCAGCGUGCCCGCGGCUGAUGGAUGGUAGCAGAGAAGAGCGAAGGGGUCUGAUCAAAGCACAAUCACUUCUCAAAUUCAAUGGCUCCGCUCGGUAUCUAGGGUUGGAUGUAAUUAUAUCGAAGGAGGUAUCACCAACGCCUGGAAUAGAAAACGAUACACCCGCAAGGCAAAGCUCGCUGCUUAAUCGGCUGCGUAAGGUCAGGUCUAACUUGACGGUUAAACGUAAGGAUGGCAGUAAACACGGCUUGCGACGUAUCAAGACCAUGGCGAAUAUAAACGCCCAUGCUGAAUACGGUAUACUCGAAGGAAGGGCACUUGAAGAUCUUGCGCGACUCGGAGGGGAGAGUAAUAUCAGCUUCCCAAGGGAAUAUGAGCCAGGCACACUUCGGCUUCCUACUUGCAUAGCAGCUCCAAUGCAUUUUUUGCAGCAGCAUGGCACAUCUGCACCAUACGGCUACGGCAGCGCAUGCGACGAGUCGGUUGUUUUUGCGCUAUACAGCCAUUACGCAAAUCAAAUAGUAAGAGCCGAACGAUCAAAGGACACGAUCAACCGAACUACGAGGUCGAUUCGCCUUCCGUCGGGCUAUGUGUAUAAAUGCGCUCGAACGAAGGGCGAUGCCCACGUCCAGGACAUAUCCACAGUUCUUCGACACUUCCUCUGCGAGCUGCCUGGUGGUAUCCUGGGUUCGUCCUCCCUGUACAGCGUUCUCGCGCAGAUUCACGACAAGAACUUCACAGAGAUGAAAGACCGGCGAGAUCCAGGCCGGAGGGAAUACAUCAAGGGCGUAGCAAUGCCAGUAGCGGCAAAGGUCCGGAUGAUCACUCUGGCAUUGCUGGCGCUGACAACGGACAUGCAGUUGGAGCUAAUCUGUGCGAUCUUUGGCCUCCUCGCAUUGACUGCAGACGAGUGCGCUGACCGGAAGGUCUCGCACCAGUAUCUUCACCCUCCAGGGACGGCAUCGUGUGAUUUCUGCAUAACACUUCCGACGCCGCGCACUCUGGGACGAGUGUUCGGCUCCUUUUUAUACGAUGUGAAGAAUGUGCGCGAGCUUCAGCCGACGGUCCGGUUUAAGCUGGCGGAGGGAACGCAGUCGGCGGACGUGGCGACGAUGCUGAUUGAGUUAUGGAAGCAUAUCUCCACACAGCUCUGCAGAUUGGAAGUCUUUGAAAAUGAAUAAUGUCGUCUUUAUCUCUGUUUUGUUCUGUUGGGCUGUGGUUGUGGUGGUGGUGAUAGUUGCAGUCGACCCCUUUUUGCAUCCUUAGCUGAUUAACAGUUGAUUAACACAACGGCGAAUCAUUCUACGAGGAACUAGUCGCCUUCCUGUAAA